UGUGAGCCACUGCGCCAGGCCUAGAUGGUAUAUUAUUUUUAAUUUACGAAAGUAACACAUGUAACUGCAAACAAUGCAGAGUUAUAUAAAAAGUUACACCUCUCCUGUUUCUCAAGUUAAACGAUAUUAACGGGUAGAGAUGUAGCCUUCCCUUCUUCCCACCGUAAUACAAACAAGUUUCGUUUUUCCUAUUAAAAAAAGCAUAUUCAACAAUUUCUACAAUUCGCAUUUUUCCCGUGGCAAUAUAUCACGGUAUAUUCCCCAACUAAGCAGAGAUUCAAGCUCUUCCUAAGAACUGAAUAAUAGCAGAAUGUAUGUCCCACCGUUUGCUCAGUCUUUCCCUUACUAAUGUAGAGUCAGAGUUUAUGUCUUUAAUGAAACGGCCGUCCACACUGCCAGGAUGGGGUCGCCAGGCUUCCCUAAGCCACAGCAAUGCCCAGCCGCCAGGGCAGGCGACACAAAGAAGCGCAGUCCCCUGCCAAGCGCCGCCCCCUCGAGCUCCCACUCCAGCCUGGGAGGAAGUGGGGAGGAGGGGACUCCCAUGGAAACCCCUCCUCUCCUGCUCACGUCUCCUCCCUGCUCCCAAAUCCCAGCUCUGUUGCUUGGUCACUGCGGUUCAGGGAAGCCCCUUCCCAGUGCGUGCCUCUCUGCGCCUGGCCCUGCCCGCUCCCACCUGCCCCCGUGGAAAUCGCAGGGAGACCUGAAACCAGUAGAGCCAUGGCAACUCCCUCUGCUGCCUUCGAGGCCCUUAUGAAAGGCGUGACAAGUUGGGAUGUCCCCGAAGAUGCUGUUCCGUGUGAACUGCUUCUUAUUGGAGAGGCUUCAUUUCCUGUGAUGGUGAAUGACAUGGGCCAGGUCCUCAUUGCCGCCUCCUCCUAUGGCCGCGGCCGCCUGGUGGUUGUGUCCCAUGAGGACUACUUGGUGGAAGCCCAGCUCACUCCUUUUCUCCUGAAUGCAGUGGGGUGGCUUUGUUCUUCCCCUGGGGCUCCCAUUGGCGUACACCCAUCCCUGGCACCUUUGGCCAAAAUCCUUGAGGGCUCUGGAGCAGAUAUAAAGGUAGAGCCAGAAGUGAAGGACUCCCUCGGGGUUUACUGUAUUGAUGCCUACAAUGAAACCAUGAUGGAAAAGCUGGUCAAGUUCCUAAAACAUGGUGGCGGCUUGCUGAUAGGAGGACAAGCCUGGGAUUGGGCCAACCAAGGUGAUGAUGAAAGGGUUCUGUUCACUUUCCCCGGGAACCUCGUGACCAGUGUGGCUGGCAUUUACUUUACUGACAACAAAGGGGACACCAGCUUCUUCAAAGUCUCCAAGAAGAUGCCCAAGAUUCCAGUGUUGGUUAGUUGUGAAGAUGACCUCUCCGAGGACAGAGAGGAGCUUCUGCAUGGGAUUUCAGAGCUGGACAUCAGCAACUCAGAUUGUUUCCCAUCCCAGCUGCUAGUGCAUGGGGCUUUAGCCUUUCCUCUAGGGUUAGAUUCCUACCAUGGCUGUGUUAUAGCGGCUGCCCGCUAUGGCCGGGGCCGGGUGGUUGUAACUGGUCAUAAGGUAUUAUUCACUGUCGGUAAACUGGGCCCCUUUCUGCUUAAUGCUGUCCGCUGGCUAGAUGGGGGCCGCAGAGGCAAGAUCGUGGUGCAGACAGAGCUGAGAACCCUGAGUGGCCUGCUUGCAGUGGGGGGCAUAGACACCAGUAUCGAGCCCAAUCUGACCAGUGAUGCGAGUGUCUAUUGCUUUGAACCUGCGAGUGAAGUGGGGGUCAAAGAACUGCAGGAGUUUGUAGCAGAGGGUGGCGGGCUGUUUGUUGGAGCCCAAGCCUGGUGGUGGGCCUUCAAGAACCCAGGAGUGUCCCCUUUGGCUCGAUUCCCAGGAAACCUCCUCCUCAACACCUUUGGCAUUAGCAUCACAAGCCAAAGCCUUAAUCCAGGGCCCUUUCGUACUCCUAAGGCAGGGAUAAGGACCUAUCACUUCCGCUCCACUUUGGCCGAGUUCCAGGUUAUAAUGGGCAGGAAGAGAGGAAAUGUGGAAAAGGGCUGGUUGGCAAAGCUGGGACCAGAUGGUGCAGCUUUCCUGCAGAUUCCUGCAGAAGAGAUCCCUGCCUACAUGUCUGUGCAUCGACUCCUGAGGAAGCUGCUAAGUCGAUACCGGCUCCCAGUAGCAACCCGAGAGAACCCUGUUAUCAAUGACUGCUGCAGGGGUGCUAUGCUUUCCCUGGCCACAGGGCUAGCCCACUCUGGAAGUGACCUCUCUCUGUUAGUCCCAGAAAUUGACGAUAUAUAUAGCAGCCCCUAUCUGCGCCCCUUGGAGUCUCCUAUCACUGUCGAGGUCAACUGCACCAAUCCAGGUACCAGAUAUUGCUGGAUGAGUACUGGGCUCUACAUACCUGGAAGGCAAACUAUAGAAGUCUCAUUGCCUGAAGAUGCUGCCUCCGCUGACCUGAAGAUACAGAUUGGCUGCCACACAGAUGACCUGACCAGGGCCAGCAAGCUCUUCCGAGGCCCACUCGUGAUUAACCGGUGCUGCUUGGACAAACCCACAAAAUCGAUCACAUGCCUCUGGAGUGGACUCCUCUAUAUAAUUGUACCUCAGAACAGCAAACUGGGUUCUGUGUCCAUCACCGUGAAGGGGGCUGUGCAUGCUCCGUACUACAAGCUGGGGGAGACAACCCUGGAGGAGUGGAAGAGGCGUAUCCAGGAGAAUCCAGGGCCCUGGGGAGAGCUGGCCACAGACAACAUCAUUCUGACUGUGCCAACCGCAAAUCUUCGUACUCUGGAGAACCCUGAGCCGCUGCUCCGCCUCUGGGACGAGGUGAUGCAGGCUGUGGCACGACUGGGAGGAGAGCCCUUCCCUUUGCGUCUGCCACAGAGGAUUGUUGCUGAUGUACAGAUCUCAGUGGGCUGGAUGCAUGCAGGGUACCCCAUCAUGUGCCAUCUGGAGUCAGUGCAGGAGCUCAUCAAUGAGAAGCUCAUCAGAACCAAGGGGCUGUGGGGCCCUGUCCACGAGCUGGGCCGCAACCAGCAGCGGCAGGAGUGGGAGUUCCCACCACACACCACCGAGGCCACCUGCAACCUGUGGUGUGUGUAUGUGCAUGAGACGGUCUUGGGCAUUCCUCGAAGCCGUGCCAACAUUGCUCUGUGGCCCCCAGUUCGGGAGAAAAGAGUCAGAAUCUACCUAAGCAAGGGUCCCAAUGUGAAAAACUGGAAUGCAUGGACCGCACUAGAAACGUAUUUACAGCUACAGGAAGCCUUUGGUUGGGAGCCAUUCAUCCGUCUCUUCACCGAGUAUAGGAACCAGACCAACUUGCCCACAGACAAUGUUGACAAAAUGAAUCUGUGGGUCAAGAUGUUCUCCCACCAAGUGCAGAAGAAUCUGGCUCCAUUCUUUGAGGCCUGGGCCUGGCCUAUCCAGAAGGAAGUGGCUACCAGCCUGGCCUAUCUGCCUGAAUGGAAGGAAAAUAUUAUGAAAUUGUACCUCCUCACACAGAUGUAAGGAGUGCCCAUCGAGGUGGCAGGCCCCACUGAAGUGGAAGUCAAGAAAUGUAAAAAAGGAAUUGACACAUCUCAGAAAAGAAAACUGAUGGGAUUUGGUUAUCAGUGGAGAAGAUCUCAGCACAUUUCUGGAAGAGAAAGUGAAUGAAGCAUUAUAAGGAAAGUGAAGAACCUUUCAGAUAGACUAUAAGCUGAUCUGAACAUAACCCCACAGAGACUUGAGCACCUGAAAAGUUUGUCUACUGAAGAAUUACUCCAAUUGUAAAAUUGAGCCCUAUCCUACCCUCCCCCAACUCUUAGGCACAGAACACAGGCAUUCUUCAUUAUUGAUACCAGUUAAAAACUUCUUGUUGUUGUUGCUGUUGUUGUUUGUACAAAGGAAUUGAACAAACUGCCUGCAGAGAGGUAAGGGUUAGUGCUCCAGAAUAAAAUUUCUCUUCUACUAGAAAUAAGUGUCCGUACCCCCAGCCAGUCAGUGAAUUCUCUACUGACAGUUGAAACCUCCUACUGAAGUGCUGUUGCCUUCAGGUAUAGAAUAGGUUUCCUGAAGAAACAGACCUAACCAUACAACAGCAGAGGAAACCCACACCAGUUGUUAUAGAAGUCAACAAUUAUGUUGAUUCUUAAAUGGGAAUGGUGAGCUGGAAAUUCCCAGACAUGGGUGGUAGGGAGGGAAGAAGAAUACGAGAAAUCACCAGGUAGAAUUAGGGGCCUUGAAAAUAUAACAAACUUUGAGGGAAACAAAGACCAUGUGGAAAAAAAUAAUUUUAAUUCUAUCUUUAGAGAGAUUUGAGGUGUAUUCAUAAGAUGAAAACAGGAUACUACAAAAAAAAAAAAAAAAAAAAAAAAAAAAA